AUGGCGAAUACUCCAGAUUUCUCCGAUAUCUGGAAUGAGGCUGUGGACAAGCACAAGUCGGAGACGAAGUCCGACUCGCUGCCCCUUGACUCUUUGGGCACUACCAAUAGCGUCGAGGCUAUCCUGACAGCGAUCGCAGGGAAUCGGAAGGAUUUUGAGGACAGUCGGGCGAAGGGAAAGAGUCUGCGAGAUGUAUUGAAGCCUGUCGUGAAGGUCGUGCAGCUGAUGGCGGAGGUGGCAGGAGAAGGGGCGAACUUGGCUUUCUCACCGGGAAAGACGAUAUUCGUUGCCAUUGGGGUACUGCUUAAGGCCUCCGACGGGGUCAGCAAAUGCUACGACUCGGUGAUCGACAUCUUCGAGAGCCUCGAAAGCUUUCUCGGCCGCUUGACCACGUAUCUCGAGCACGAUAUAUCGUGUCUGAUGAAGGAGGUAAUCGUCAAGAUUCUCGCACACCUUUUAUCGAUCUUGGGAGUGGCGACUAGGCUCAUAAGAGAACGCCGUGCGGUUACAUACUUAAAAACUCUGAUCGGGAAGAACAGCGAGGUUCAAGUCGCGAUGGAGAAAUUGGACAAGCUAACUGCGCAGGAAGGUCGAGCGGUUGCAACUGCUACGCUUUCGUCGGCGAGUGAGAUUCGAGCGGUCGCAACUGCUACGCUUUCGGCGGCGAGUGAGAUACUCUCGCAGCUGGAGACUAGGAUGAAAUCCGAUCAACAGGACGCGAACGCUAUCAAGACGAUGCUGAUGAAGAUCGCUCAGGAAGCUGAAGCGAUAUCUGGUAGCUCUCAAGAGGGUCGAAUCAUGCUCGAAGAAAUUCGGGAGCAUAUCAUGAAAAAUUCAAAGAAGGUCUUACCAUAUCUUGCCAAUCAUCAUCGGUUUGAGGUCCAUAAAUGGCUGUUCCGAUGGGUAUUUUGCCAGUUGGAUAGCAUUCGAGGAUGUCCUAAUGCAAGAACAUUGACAAAAUGCCUAGACACUCUGCCAAAGACACUGUAUGAGACGUAUGACAGGAUUCUUAAGCACAUCGACGACCAACAUUUCGAGUAUGUUCAUGCCACACUGCAGUGGCUUGCAUUCUCUAUGCGCCCGGUCAAACUGGAGGAGGUUGUGGAAGUGCUGGCCAUGGAUUUCGACAAUGUCCCUUUACAAUUUGUACCGGGGUAUCGCUUCCCUGAACCACGAGAGAUUCUUACUAUUUGCUCCAGUUUGGUCACACUUUCCGGAACUGGUGUCUUAGAACUCUCACAUUUCUCCGUUAAGGAGUAUCUUGACACGAAUAUGACCGAAUGUAGUAUCCAACGCUAUUCAUUCAAUGCCCAGAUUGCCCACGAAUUCAUAGCCCGCACCUGUAUUGCAUAUCUGAUGCAGUUCACACAAUCUGUGGAUGACAUUGGGCCCUUCCCCCUGGCUCGUUAUGCAGCAGAGCAUUGGAUGAACCAUGUUGGAUCUGCUCAUACCGAUGCCCUAGCCGAGCUUGCUUUCAAUCUUCUCCAGGCUCACAGCGUGGCUUUUGUUAAUUUGUCCACCGAAACUAUCACGGCCACAUCAUGA